AUGUCCACUUCCACUCCCACACUGACUGUCUACGACAUCCUGAUGCGCGAGCCCGUAUCGGAGAACGCCUGUUCCCCCAACCCAACAAAAACCCGCCAGACUCUAAACUUCAAGUCCGUCCCCUACAAAACAACAUGGAUCGACAUGCCAGACAUCGCCAAAACCCGCAAAUCGCUGGGUAUCCCCGCAGGCCGCAAAUUCGCCGACGGGAGCGAAUUCUACACCCUCCCUGUACUGGUUGACACCGCCACAAACUCCAAAAUCGGCGACUCUUUCGAUAUUGCGGUGUACAUGCACGAGACGUACCCCAGUGUGGGCGGAGACUUGUUUCCUCAGGGUGUAGAGCUGGAUUUCCGGACUAGCAAUACGGCCAUGCUAGUUCCGCUUUCUGAGCUUAGUGAGGUUGCGAGACGGGAGAGGUACAUCCGCUACGCUGAAUUCAAUACGCAUGUUGACGCCGCGUUUACGGCGCACACGAUCCUCAACGUCAUGGGGUUACCGUUUAACCCGGAGACUGCGGAGGCGUCGAAGGCGGAGUUCUGUCGGCGGGCGGGGAUGCCCUCAUUUGAGGCGUUCAAUGUCACCGGCGAGGCGAGACGGGGGAUUAUGGACUCGUUUGAGAAGACGCUGGGGGAUCUGGCGAGGUUGUUUGUCCGAAAUCAGACGGGACCGUUUAUCUUGGGGGAUAAACCCUGCUAUGCGGAUUUCAUUGUGGGGGGUUGGUUGAGGAUGUUUAGUGUUUGUUUGCCGCGGGAGGAGUGGGAGGAGGUGAGGGGGUGGCAUGGGGGUGUUUUUGGGGAGUUGUUUGAUGGGUUGAGGGGGUUCUAUGAAAUUAAGUAG